CCGAACUGGAACUUUUUCGCAAUCCACCCUACACUCUUAACAUGUCUUACGACUGUAUUCUAAAUCCCAUGCGCAAACAACGCAAAAACAACAACAAGAAAAGCCUGCCUCCCAGACCUCAAAAUGGUUGGAUAUUAUUUAGGCGUAAUUUCCAGAGUCAACGCUCUCAAUGUCCUGGCAGGCCCAAUACUCUCAAGGAAAUUUCCAAGCUGGCAGCCGAAAGUUGGAAAAUUCAACCGAAAGAGGUCAAACAGUAUUUCAACAUUCUCUCGAAAAUAGCUUCACACAAACACAAAACUAUGUACCCGGAAUAUGUCUAUAACCCGAAGAAAUUUAGGAGUGGUGACAGUUUUAUAUUUAGGCAUGUGGACAAGGACAAAAUUGUGAAAAGUCGUAACAGUAAAGCGAGCUUAUCUAAGAAGACCAAAGCAAGCGGUUUGAGCAAUACCAACUGUGGUAACGCUAGCAGGAAUAAAAGUUAUCCAAAAAAUGACGAGCGAGAGUUUACCUUACCGAGUUCUGUCAUCAACAUCCAGAGUUUGGUUCCAGAAUUACCUGACUUUCUCAUUCAAAUGUCCGUAUUUUCUCCGAACUCCAUUCCUUUCUUCUCUCAAUGUCAAUUUGAUAAUGACAUUAACAAGAUAAAUGCCAAUAAACAAAUAAAUUAUACAAACUUUGAGUUUGGAUAUUACUCCG